GCAGCAGAUUAGAAACAGCCGGAACCCCGUAUGGCUGUCUGAAUAGAACACCCCUCUCUGUCCUAGGAUUGAGAUCAAGAUCCUACAAAAAGUAGCGACCUAUGUGAGAUCAAAAAUAGUUUGCAAUGAGGAGGUACUUAUUUCAUUUGAUAUUCGUCUCGGAAACAAUGUGAAAACAGCACGGGUCAUCAUUAAACGGACUGUCAGAAGCCCAUGGCAAGCAGCUUUAAAUUUGGUUUAUGAAGCGUACCAUGGCUGCUCGAUCAAGCUACUAUGAAGACAGAAAUCUGCUGCGCAUCAGGGAGCGUGAGAGAAGGAACCAGGAGGCCCACCAGGAGAAGGAGUUCUACCUGAAGAUCACACCCCUUUUUGGGGAGCCCUACAAGACAAAUAAAGGGGAUGAGCUGUCCAGUCGCAUCCAGAGGAUGCUGGGUAAUUACGAGGAGGUGAAGGAACUGAUUGGGAACAAUCCACACCAGACUCUGUUCAGCCGGCUAAACAGCGUCCCUCCUCCCGGUUCGUACAGCAGGUCCAGUAGACCAUCUCACACGGACAGUACGCAAGCCCCAUUCCAGAACUCUCCUCAGUGUGGUCCUCCCCGGGCCGGCCCGUCCUGCAGCAGCUCCGGCCAGGCCCCAAAGAAGCCGUCGGACCUGGAGUACGGCCAGCGGCCAGCCAGCUACUGUGCCUCCCCCUGCGACCAGCGGCCGCGGAGCCCCGACCCCCGCCAGGAGCAGAGCCAGGCGUGGCCGGAUAUGGAGGAGGGCAGCAGCCCCCCAGCCAUCCUGCCCACCCUCUCACCCCCAACCGAACCCCUGUCCCCCCUACAUUCCAGCAAUAACAGCGAUUCUGAGCCCCAGGAACCCGACAGCAAGGACACUUCGCGUGGCGAGGGAGACGCGUCACCCCCGGGGGCUCAGGACAUUCCCUCUCAGGCCAAUGAGGGUGCCCCGCUCCCCUCACAGACCUUCCCGCCCCCCCUUCCCUCCAAGCCCAACCUGGUCAUGCCCCAGAAGCCCACCGCCUACGUCCGGCCCAUGGACGGUCAGGACCAGGUGCCCAGCGAGUCCCCGGACCUCAAGCCCUCUCCUGAGGACUUCCACGGACAGUCUUACGAAAACCUGCCUGACCUGAAGAACACCACCAAGCCCAGUCUGUCCAAGCUGAAGAUCCCUCCACAGCCCAUUGAGGCUUUAUCAAAUGAAACUCACUGUGUUGAAGAGAUUCUGAGGGAAAUGACCCACUCUUGGCCGCCACCGUUGACGGCCAUUCACACGCCUAGUACCUCUGAGCCCUCCAAAUUCUCCUUCCCCACAAAGGAAACGCAGCAUGUUCAUUCUGGUUUUUCAGGACAAAGAAGCUAUGGAUUGUCUCCAAAGGCUCCAUCAUCCAACUGUCAGCAGGGAUCAUCGACGGUCCAGAGCACCAGCGUGGUGUCGGCACAUUCCAGCGGGGGGGAGUCCGGCAGCUCUAGCGAUUCGGAGAGCACUUCCGGGUCCGAGUCCGACAGCGAGAGCAGCCAGAGCGCCAAAGAGGAAGUUCCCCCUCCUCACGGGAGCAACCCAGCCGUGCCCAAGACUGAUGAUGCCCCAACAGAAGAUAAAUGGCACCUGCAUAACUGGAUAAAAAUAAACCAGCAGAACUCAAGUGGAGACGGCCAGGGUGACAGGGCACAGGCUCUGAGCCCUGUUCCCAAGCAGCCACAUGAGGAGGAAGGGCAAGCCAGUCCUGCAAAGAACUACAAAUCCCAGAACCUCACACUUCCACCCAAGUUCAGUGACAAUGUGGUCAAGCCAGUGCAGGAAGGUUCUCACAGCCAGCUGGGCUGCCACAAGUCCCCCUCUCGCACUGAUAGCCGGGGCCAAAGAAAGACAGUGGGUAGCAAGCAUCCCUCCAAAGCCGCCAUGGCGCCUCGGCCCGAGGAGACCAAGCCGGGUUUGAAGGUGGAGAGCGUGGAGGUGGUUGCCCACGACACAGACCAUACUUUCACAGAGAGGCCAAAGGUCAAAACGAAACCUGGGCGAGUGAAGAGCAGCUCAAAGGCCGAGAGCAGGAAGUCGGCCAAGCGUGGCUCCUCGGAACAGAAAAAGCCGAAAGAACUGGCACCCAAGGACGAGUCGGCACCUAUCGGCAGGAGCAAGACGGAAGCCGGUGUGUUGGCCAGCCCACCACACGUCCGGCAGCCAUCACCCCCGGCAAGCGUUACUGCCGUCCGGUCAGAGAAGUCCGCUGAGAAGAGGCAGAAAAAGCCCCGGGGGCGGUCACCCGCAGACGAGAGGAAGCGCAAAGCGUCCAGGAAGGCGGAGCAGGGCCGGGCCGGCGCCCUGGUGGUGAAGAUCAAACUCAGCCUGCUCUCCAGGGUCCCGCAGACCCAGCCCAAAGCAGCUCCCCCAACCAGCAGGGUGCCGGAGCCAGCCGACGGGAAGAGGCCGGAGCCGGAGAAGAACGAUGGCGUCAAGGCUCCCUCCCAAGGAAGCCGAAAGAGAGAAGCUGAGAAGGAGGGACAAACUUUGCCUCGAAAGUGUCCAAAACUGGACAAAGAAGCCAAGCCUUCCAGCUCCAACCAGAGUUCCAGAAAAAACAAGGUACCCAGCAGCACAGGGAAGGAGCGGGACAAGAGGAAGGAGAAUAAGAGCCAGCCGGUCACUCAGGACCCCCCCAAGGUGACGGGACACAAGCGGCGCACCACUGAAACCAGAGAGGCCAGCAAGUCCCGGGACGGCGGGCAGACGGCCAAGCACAAAAAGAGCACAGCCAAACGCUCCGACCACCCCAAAACUGGCAAGAAAGCUCCGAAGGGUGGCUUUGCCUUUCCUGUUCCUGCCCUGCCCGCCGGAGCCUCCGCUCCGUCUCGUCCCCUCCUCAAAUUUGAAGACAGGCAGUAUCCUGUGGAGUAUCACAUGAAGGAAGCCAAAAAGCUGAAGCACAGAGCGGAUGCCGCCUCCGAUAAGGUUGGCAAAGCUUUCGACUACCUGGAUGCCGCCAUGUCCUUCGUUGAGAGCGGGAUCGCCAUGGAAGCUGACCCUCAGACGCCAAAGUCGGCAUAUACCAUGUUCUCCGAGACUAUGGACCUGAUCAGAUUCAUUCUGAAGCUGAAGAACUCUCUAGAUCCGUCAGCCCCAUCGUCCGAAAAAGCCUUUGUGGUGUUAUGUAUGCGAUGCCAGUCCCUGUUGCAGAUGGCCAUGUUUCGCUACAAACGAGAAGCGGCACUGAAAUACUCCAGAACAUUAUCAGAACAUUUCAAGAAUUCCUCAAGGUCAGUGCGAGCUCCUUCGCCCUGCGUCUCAAAAAGUACGGGCACGCCCUCCCCGAUGUCCCCGAUGCCGUCCCCGGCCAGCUCGGCCAGCUCCGGGCCGGGCUCCAGCCUCGGUAGCGGCGGCGGCGGCACCACCGUGGUUAUCCCCCAGGUGAUCCAGCAGAUGGCCUCGUCCUACGUCAACAUCACCGCCCUCUUUCUGAGCGCACACGACACCUGGGAGCAGGCCGAGGCGCUCGCCCAGGGAGCCAGCGGCUUGCUGCCGGAGCUGGACUUUGCACUAGGCCCUUUGAGCCUGACCUCCAGCAUGAGCCUGCUGGUCCGUCACACCCGCCAGGGCCUGCAGUGGCUGAGACUGGACUCCAGUGUAGCGUAGCGUCCGGCCUGCUGACAGCCCUGCUGAAAGCCCUGCUCACAGCUCUAUGCAGCCCCUCGGUAACCUUUCUUUUUUUGUUUAAUUAUUAGCUUCCCGGCCACCACGAGAUAGCAUGCGACCUGACCCCUAUGCACUUUGUCCAUAUGGAAAACAAGCCCACCCUUCUCCCCUUUUGUUUUAACUUUCCUACAGAGUAAAAGGGAUUCGGUGUGUCUGUGCCAAAAAGAAAACGCAGGGUCCACUACAAUGCCACGGUCCUUGUAUAGUUUUGUUCCAUCCCCACGUUCUCCCUUAGAUACAGCACUCUCCCUUUGCACCCUCCCUUCAGUGGGAACAUGGUUCUGAUUGGUCCAGAGAGGAAUGGGCCCUGAGAGGGUUCUGGGGUUGCAGGCUGACCCGUACGGCUCGCCGUGUCUCCCAGAAGCGGGGCACGGGGCUGCCUUCCCUGUGGGCAGACGUCUGUCCUCAUCCCAAAAUGGAGCAGCUUCUCUACGAGCGCCCCCCCCCCCCCCCCCCCCCCUGUAUUAAAGGGUUCUCCACCCGGCUCCGUGCAGGGCGGGGCCGGUGAUGUCAGCAGUGUCUGAGCUUUUCUAUGGGCUGAAUGGGUAUGUGGGAUAUGGUGUGUGAAAUGGUGGCGGCGUCAGAUUGGCGUGCGCUGGGUAGCUUCUUGUCACAUCCCCAUUGAAACUUACUUUGGGUGCCAAUGUUUUCUCCUGCGGUUAUUUAUUAUUAUUUUUUUUUAUUAUUACUAUUGUUAUACUGUGAUUAUUAUUUAAUGAAAUCCUUAGCUUGGUGAACUGUAGGUUUUGCAUUAAAAUGUUUGAACCCAGUGAUCAGGUGAUGAAUUCUGCCGUGCAUCUGUUUGCGAGCCAAAACAAAGUAAUAAACCAAAUAUGCACUGGUGAGUCAAUAAGUUUGAAUUUUAUUAAGGAAUAUGAGAUGCAUCACUGUUAAAGUGGAUCCGUGGACUUUAAGUAUAUUUGAUGUUUACUAAAGUAUUUUUAAUUGGCAUAUUUAAUUUAUGGCCAAAUGGAUUUAGGCCGUAAUACAACUGAUUUUGGAAUGCGUUUUGGUGGCUUCUUUUGAGAAUUAAACCCUUUCUAAAGAAUUAAACCAUGCUGCAGGAACCUGGGCCCAUUAUGCCAUUUUCAGUCAUAAUUGGUUUCAUUAAUGAGCUGUUAUACUUUGCUUAUUCAAACCCCAGUACAUUGGAGUAGGCUGCGGGUGGGAGGUUUAACAUUUUGUAAAAUAUCGUACAAAUUAGGUAGCGUAACACAGAGGCCUUGUCCGGGACCCACUGUUCAGGCAGGAGCAACUCUACCUCAUCUGUUCUGCACACCAAGACCGAUCUGAAUGUUGGUUCUUUGUAGUUUUGAUGACGUGGAUGGUGCUUCUGUGAUUAUAAACACACUUAAAUCUGCGCCUGUUACGUUCAGCCUUCAACAGCAACAUCUGCUUACCUAGCCAUAAUCUUAACCCUGACCAUUAAUUUGGAAAAUGUAAAAAAAAAAAAAAAAAAUGCUGUAGCUGACCUUUCAGAGUACAAUCAGUUUAGACCCGUUAUUAUGAGUGUGCAAUUAACUGUAGAUUUCCCUUUUUUAUAUAUAGCCAGACAUUUGCAUUCUCCUGAAAAUUAAAUGUGUGCCUUAGAUUAAUGAACUGUUAAAGCCCUUCCCCGUCACCCAGACAAUACUUAAUACGUAUUUGGCAACCACUGUAAUUCAGGUAUGAAAUCAUUCCCAACACAAUCACCUGAUUGGAAGGAGGGGGAAGGGGAUUAAAUGCAGCAACCUGUUUGAUUUUUUUUUUUAAGGAAAAUGUCAAGGCAACAACCAGGAAUUUUCUGCUUGUCGUUAUGUUGUAUAUAGAAUUGCAAAAACACUAUUUUUCCCAGAACAUUAUCAUUUAGACAUUUUAUGUAUUAAAGCACAGACAUAAAGCUUGGAAAUGUGUGUGUAUAUAUAUAUAUAUAUAUAUAUCUAUUUUAUUUGAUCAAAUUCAUUACCUUCCCUUUUUGUUAUGAAUACCCAUUAAUAUAUAUAUUUACUGGCGUUAAUUUCUCCCCCCCCUCCCCCCCCCCCAGCAAGUAUUGACAAGAAGUCAUGAGAUGAAUGCAUUCAACACUACUCCUGACUGUCCCCUCCCACCUUGCUGGUAGCUUUUUUAAAAUAAACUUCCAGGAGAACAUUUUGAACAUUUUUUUUUUCCUCCCCACGUGAAGUGUAAUCAAACUGAGAGUCUUAACCUUUCAAUUUGAAUUAAAAUACUGUGGCUGUUUCAGUGGGGCUUAAAACUACUUAAAUAAUUAAAGCAGAAGUUGAGGAAUCAGAUGGUGGUUUCACUGAAUUCACAAUGCCGGUUAGCCGACUCCUGCAUCUGAUUCUUACCUCUGAUUUCUUACGAGUGUCUGUUUACCCUGUGGACAACUAAACAGCUGUGCUAAAUAACCUGCUGUUUUGUCAGGAACAUUUAAAACAAUAUGACAUUGCAGUUCAUAUCGGUUAUCAGACUGAAUGGUUGCAAAGUCAAGGAUCAAAAAAGAGGAAAUCGGCAUCAGUGAUACUGGCUCAUACUGGCCACAUGACUUAGUUAUGUUGGGAUUCUGAAGGUAUUGUAUAGAUGUGCAAACAAUUGCAUUAGUAAUAGCUUGAACCAGAUUGUAAUGCAGUUUAUUUUUAUGACCAAAUGGAAAUUUUCUUUAUUUAUAUUAUCAUCAAUAUUCUUACAUUUUAUUUCUGUGUGCUCCUUGGUUUGUUACUGUUCAGCCUGUGUGCGUAUCUGGAUAGGACUGUUAGUCUACACUGGAUCUGGCCAAUAUCAAUUGCUGCAGUUGCACUUUUUGGUUGAGUGAAUUAAAAUUUUCUAAUUUCUUGUGGAAUUUCUUUAAAAAAAAUUGCACAAACCCGAAUGUCACAAAAAAUGAAGUGCGACUGAUGUAUGUUUCUUGUAGCUAUGGAUUAAACAUGGGUGCACAGCAAUAAUUUUUUGGUGAACAAAAAAUAAAUUAAUUUAAAAAAUCAGAUUUCUUAUGCAUUUUUGUGGUUUAAGGAAGAUUUGUGCUGCUGUUGUUCACUGACAACGGAACCAAGAAUGGUUUUGACAGCAGUGUUGAGCUGGUGUAACAGAUAGUUAAAUAAGAGCCCAGACUCUGUCUGGCUAGCUGUAAAAUGGUAUGGCACAAAAAAAAAAAACGAUUGGGGUCUACUGGAAAAGACAUUUGAUAUUAAAUGUGAAGAUGCAGAGGCUGCACUGAAGCACAAAAUAUGGAAUUUUUUGUAUUUGUCCAUUUUACUGUACAACUUUGGAAGGUAUGAAAUGAGUACACAGGUACUAUGGAUUUUAGGUUCCAAUUUUUACAGUUCUCCCCAAGUAAAAUGUGUGGAUUACAGUGUAUUUCAAGCAUACUCUGUGGUCUUUUUUUAUUUUUUUUAUUAUAUUUAUUUUUGUGUUUUCUCCACUGCAUAUAAAAUGUCACUGCUGCACAUCAGAAGUUAAGAGAAACCUGUGUCAGAGCAUUCUGUUUCCACCAACAUGAAAAUCACAGCUUUUCCUGUAUUAUUUUCCUUUUUAAGGUUUUAGAGUGAAAUUUAUGUGCAAAAUGUGGCUAUACUCCUGUAUGCAAAGGGAGUAUGCUCUUCAUGUGCAAAAAAAAAAUUGAAUUACAGGUCUAGGCACAAAAAGGACAAAAGUCACAUGUACCUAUUCAAUUAUGGGGCAAGUGUGCUGAAUUAUGUUGUCAUCUUCAGUUUUUUUCCUUUAAGAUGUAAAUACUUUGUGCUGCAUUAUACAGGGAUGUGUAAAGACUGGUAGAUAGAAAAUAGAUUUUGGUUGAAGAUGCCUCUGCAUUUGUUUUCCUUUCUAAAGAAGGCAUUUUUCUGAAGUUUAGUAGCUAGGUUGCUACAGAUCAUGAACUGGUAUGAGGGAAAAACUGUUCAACAGUUAGAAAAAUGGCUCACCAGUGAAUUUCCACCCUCUUGACCAGUAAACUGUAAUAUAAAAUAUUUGAAAGGAAGCAAUAAAGUUGGGAAACCA